UGAGGUAGACCUUGACAAGUUCAUUACUCUCAACUCUUUAUUAUAAACCUUCUGGUACUCUUUCUUCUUCUCUAUCUUCUCAUCUAUCCUUAGAAAAAAAAAAAAAAACCAUGGUGUUGCUCGAAAUCGUAGAUAUCUUUCAAGAAACCUACGAAAUCAUCCUCACAUGGAAAAAAAUUUUCAGCCAAAUUGCUCUUUCAUUAAUUCUGCCUCUUACCUUCAUCUUCUUGGCUCAUAUGGAGAUUUCAAAUCUUCUUUUUGGCAAUUUCUUCUACCACGUAUCUUUUCUACACAAAAACAACCAAGAUCAAGAUGCUCGCAAAUACAAUGAACUAUCUGAUCUCAUCACCCCCAAAUUGACCUUGUUUUGGCUCUUCAACAUCUCUUACAUCGUCUUCCUCUUUGUUUUCUCUCUCCUUUCGACCUCCGCCGUCGUUUAUACGGUCGCUUGCAUACACACGGGUCGAGAGAUAUCUUUCAAGCAAAUCAUUAGCAUUGUGCCCAAAGUUUGGAAACGACUUGUAGUCACGUUUUUCUGCGUUUUCGCCUCAUUCUUUGCCUAUAAUCUGCUUGCGGUAUUCGCUUUCAUUUUACUUCUUUUCAUUCUCCUACUACAAUACGGGCCAUUCGGCGAUGUCAAUGGUUCAAUCUUCGUCGUCUUCUUCAUUAUCUACUUCAUUGGCUUAUUAUAUUUAAGUGUCGUAGUUCAACUUUCGAGCGUUGUAACGGUUUUAGAAGAAUCAUAUGGAUUUAAAGCAAUGGCAAAGAGUAAGGCGCUCUUGAAGGGGAAGAUGUUAGUAGCCACACUCAUGUUGUUGCUUAUCAAUAUCUCUUUGGUGAUCAUUCAACAGGCUUUUGUGAAGCUUGUGGUCCAUGGAGUUUGGUUUGGAAUAGUUGGGAGGGGUAUUUUGGGAAUAGUGUGCUUGUUCUUGCUUUUGAAUUUCUUCUUAUGGCAGCUUGUUUUGGAGACAGUAUUGUACUUUGUCUGCAAAGAACACCACCAAGAGAAUAUUGACAAGUCGGCCCUAUCGAAUCAUCUUCAAGUUUAUUUGUUGAAUGGAUAUAUCCCUUUGACGCCCACCAAAAAUGUUGAGCUUGAGAAGCUUGAAGAAGUUUGAUUCGUUCAAACGUUUGCCUUGUGGGUUUUGUCUUUUAGGUUUGAUUUUCAUGUGUGUUUUGUUAAUUACUCUUGUUUGGUACAAGGAAUUAAGGAAAAGAGUCUUAGAGGGGGAGAAUUGGCCAUGAAGGCAUUUGUUUCUAAAUUUCCUCACAAGAACGUCUAUGGAUACUAAGAAUUUUUUAUUAUAUUUUUGUUUCAUUAAUUAUAGGUUUUUCUCG